CCCCACCCACUCUGCGCCUGCUCUGUGAUGAAGCUGAAAGCAUAUAUAGGCAGCUCGUCGAGCCUCGCUUUAUUCGUGAAGUGUCUAUAAACCCCGCAGCGGGAACGUUAUGUUAGCGUAGCAUAGCAUCGCAUCAGGUGAAUUAUCCAGUCACACGCGGGAGUUAAAAUGAUAUGAAAGUGUGGAUGUGGCAGUCAUAUCGUGUGCCUUAGUCGACCAGCGUCGACGUGGGCGCUUUUGCUUUGGAUUUAAAAAAAAGAAAGAAACGCUCAGCUGUGUUAUAUUGACGCGUUUAUGUUAGCCCGCUAACGCUAGCUAACUAGCAAUCUGGCUAACACAAGAGCGGCAAGUUAGCGGACUGACGGACAGCAGCCCAGACAGUAACAGGACAAACAGGAGGAAAAAAAACAAAAAGGCUGCCAGGCAGUUCACAAGAUAGCUAUUCUGUUCAGACAAAGUUGUCGCAAUAUCUCCAGAGCGAGAUCUGUGUAAACUUGAAGCAAUGGACGGUGACGCACAAGCCACCUCUGAGCGAAUUCUGCUGGAACCAUACAAGUACUUGUUGCAGCUUCCAGGCAAGCAAGUGAGAACCAAACUAUCCCAAGCAUUUAACCACUGGCUUAAUGUUCCAGAGGACAAACUGCAGGUGGUCAUCGAGGUGACUGAGAUGCUGCACAACGCCAGCUUGCUCAUCGAUGACAUCGAGGACAGCUCCACACUGAGGCGAGGCUUCCCCGUGGCCCACAGCAUCUACGGCAUUCCCUCCGUCAUCAACUCGGCCAACUACGUCUACUUCUUGGGCUUGGAGAAAGUGCUGACAAUGGAGCAUCCCGAGGCUGUCCGGGUGUUUACCCGGCAGCUGCUGGAGCUGCACCGCGGUCAGGGCCUGGACAUCCACUGGAGGGACACCUACACUUGUCCCACUGAGCAGGAGUACCGCAACAUGGUGCUGCAGAAGACUGGGGGGCUCUUUGGCCUGGCCGUGGGCCUGAUGCAGCUCUUUUCAGAUUGGAAACAGGACUUGAAACCCCUCCUGGACACACUGGGCCUCUACUUUCAGAUCCGCGACGACUACUGCAACCUCAGAUCUCGCGAUUACAGCGAGAACAAGAGCUUCUGCGAGGACUUGACCGAGGGCAAGUUCUCUUUCCCCACCAUCCAUGCCAUAUGGUCGCGUCCAGAGAGCACCCAGGUUCAGAACAUCCUGAGGCAGCGCACGGAGAACAUGGACAUCAAGCGAUACUGCGUGGACUACCUGGAGAAAGUAGGCUCGUUCGCCUACACCCGCCAGACUCUGCGGGACCUGGAGGUGGAGGCCUACCGCCUCAUCAAAGAGUUUGGGGGAAACCCUCAACUGGAGAGCCUUGUCAAACACCUCAGCCAAAUCUAUCGUGAGCCUGAAGACACAGCAGAGUCUAGUACUGAGCCACAGUCCAGCCACAACCAGUGAGCAACUUUUCUCCUGCACACUCCACUAGCACAGAAGCUUUGCUAAUACACUGAUGCAGACACAGAAGCUGAACGCACAUACCCGUAUCGUAUGAAUGUAACCAUGAGCACUUAAAUUCUAGUAGACAGCAAAGCAGCCCCCGACUGUUGCCUCUCCCUUUGUCCUUCAAGUGUUGCUUAACAAAAUACACAUCGGCGAUUUUUGUGUCCGAGUUAUAGCUGUGCUGUCAGCGGAAGAAAUCAAUUAAAACUAACUUCUUGCAGUUUUUGGUUUGCUUUUCUGAAAAUAAAAACUAACAAGACGGCAGCAGAGCUUAAAAGCCUUCUUUUCUAUGUGCACUCCAGUGCAUAUUAAUGUAUUUUUUUUAUGUUUUUUCCACCAAAUGAAAAGUGUUUAUCUAGAGCCGAGUGACUUCUUUGUAUUGUGUUUUUUUUCUUUCUUGAAUUCUCUCAAGAAAAAUAAGAUGAAAGUGUCUCGAGUGUAUGAUGUGUGAUUUGGGGAUCCCUAAUCAUCACCAGAGUGCCAAUCCUGUAGAAAAAGACAUCUGCAACUCAAUUGUCUAUUUGUUAUGUAACACACUGGUAUUACAUGCAAAAUAGUGCUUGUGGUGUUUGUGUUCAGCCUGAUAAGAAUACCGUUUGUUCAGUUUAUUAAAAUCUGUUUCUGUUCAGAUUCAACACAGUUCACACCUCUAAUAUUUCAUUGGGGUGAUUCAGUUCUGAUAUUUGUAAGCAGACUCUGUUUAUGCUCAGUUUUAUACGAAUGCUGUUUAUUAUAUAUGUUAUUGAAGACCGUUUCCAUCUGGUUCAGACUCAGCACAGUUCGCACCUCUUGUAUUUUAUUAAGGUGAUUAAUUUCUGGUAUUUGUAAGCAGACACUGUUCUUGCACUUGACAUCUGUUGAAUUAAAAAAAACCUUCAAAAAUAA